GCCAGCCUCGCCAGCCAACGGAAUCUGGUCUUUGACAUCAUUCACAGUGCUGUCUGCCAGUUCAAGAGCUGCAGCGUCAGGUGCCAUUUUGUGGACGGGAGUCAAGGUGGAAUUGCACAGCAGGUGCCAGCCAUUGCAGCUCAUUUCUGCCGGUUGUUGGUCUCACAUUUGUCCUCAAUCCUAAUCAUCUCACGCCGCGGCGCAGUGUUAUUGUUCUGGCGCCAGUUUCCAUUCGACGCUUAGUCCAGUCAACAUCAGAGCUCAUCUCUCAACAACACCUAUCAGCAGUCAAGACCCUGAAAAUAUACCUGCAAUUUCUCAUCCCGCCGGGCCUUUCCCUCAAACAACACAACCAUCACCAAGCACAGCAUGGCUACCUCCACUCCCGGCCUCAUCCCUGGUUGGUUCCCGCCGACGCGCGAAAACUACGACCGCAUCCUCUCUGUCUGGAUCUGGUUCCCAGUGGCCGCCUCCCUGCAAUGGCUCGUCUCCUGGUACGGCAUGGGCAAGACGUCCGUGUCCUCGCGCCUCAACCUCCCCGGCCGCAUCGGCUGGCUGACCAUGGAAAUCCCCGGCUUUCUGACCCUCCUCUACCACAUGCACGCCCUCACCCCCGCGGCGAAAAAUAACAACUUUAAGGAACAAGAAGAAGGCUUCCCCUGGCAAAACCAGGUCCUCGCCGCGCUCUUCGUGCUGCACUACGUCUACCGCGCCAUCCUCUUUCCCUUCCUGCAGCCGUCUAUGUCGCCCCUGCACCUCGUCAUCUGGCUCUCAGGCGCCGCCUUUCAGGUCAUCAAUGGCAUGAUGCUGGGCAGCUGGCUGGCCGCGUACGGCCCCACGACGCAAGCCGAGUGGACACGCCAGCUCGCGCCCUUCGGCACGGCGCAGUUCGCGGCGGGGAUCGCGCUGUUUUACGUCGGUCUGGCCGCCAACUACUACCACGACGACGAGCUGCGCGAGAUCAGGAGGAGGGUCCUGCGGCGGCAGAGGCAGCAGGCCGGCAAGGCCACCGCGUCGGUGGACAAGCACUACGAGAUACCGCAGGCGGGGCUGUUCAAGGUGAUGCUGUACCCGCACUAUUUUGUUGAGUGGGUCGAGUGGUUUGGAUUCUGGAUGGCGACCGGUUGGGGGUGUGUGCCGGCGCGGUGUUUCUUGUUCAACGAGAUCGCGGCUAUGCUGCCGCGGGCCGUGAGCGGGCGCAAGUGGUAUGCCGAGAGGUUUGGGGAGGAGAAAAUCAGGGGUCGGUGGGCUGUCAUUCCGGGGAUUUGGUAGAGGAGUGAUGUGGGUAGCAAUCGGUAAUCCUAUCUCCCGUCAUGUUUUCUGGCGGGCUAUGGGCAUCAGAGGUCGCGUGAAAUGUGAAAUAAGACAUCGAAGCGCUUGACGGUGAGACUUUCAAGACACCUGCAUUUUACUACUAGGCUUAUCAGCAGAUUACAGUCAUCGCAAACGCAGGCAGGAGAGAUGCUAUGAUUGCUAUUGCCCACAAACAAAGGAAAUUUACACCGCUGCGGAGG